UCCAAGUAAUGCCAAGAAAGAAAAGUUAGAAAAAAAUUCUCUACCCAAGAACCCCCACGACACCAACUUAGUGAAAUCGCCAGCAAAAUCAAAGGAAACUAACUCUAAAGAAGACAUAACAAGGCUAUGCAUGCAACUUUAUGGUCAGUCCAGUUUGCAUUCCUCGGACCACCCUAAAUACUAUACAAAGAGAAAAGACUCGAUAAGCUGGCAACAUUCUCGAAGUAAGGGCUCUCCUAGUCAAUCCACCAUCACAUUUUGGCUAAGCUGACGAACGACUACUUUACCAUCCCCUUCCACAAUGAUACGUGACAGCUUCUUUAGACCGCAACUGGAAUGACAUCUCUAGCCGCAAACAAUUCUGCAAGGUAGGGAUCAGACACAGUCCAUUGUUGGUCCCCAAGUGCUAAUGGAACAUGCAUGUCCGAGCCACGAACAACAAGACCCGACGAGCAACCGAAGAUUCGAUCGACAACAUCAAAGUUUCACUUCAAAUUGUCUUUAAAGGCGGGCACUCCCAAAGUGAUGGAGUCGAAAUAGAGGGGAAAUAGAAAGCAUACAUGAUAAGUAGGAAGGUAAAGGGCAUUUCACGAACAUGCACUGAAUUGACGAUCAAGCGCAUGACCAUGUGGUUGAAUAUUUUCAGAAACCACUUUAUUACGAGAUUUUCAACUCUCACAACAGGCAGACAUAUUUGAUAAUAAGGUUUUGGGAUUGCUCCUUAAGCAUAACAUGAUGCCACUAAAAACUAAAAUUCACAAUCGGGCAAAACAAUAACAUCAAUUUAUCUCACAUAAGCCCGUAAGUGGAUGGUCAGUGAGCAACGAAAGAACAAAUGUUCAAUAUUCUUUCGAUACCUCCAACAAACAAAACAUCGGUUAAGGUCGUUGACCCCUUGGGAUUGGAGAGCAAUUAUUGUAGGAACUCCACUUCGAGACAUUGCCAAAUGAAACAUUUUGAAUCUCCUUUAAAUGUAGAAGUAGUUUAGGUUUCUAGAUCAAUAAUGUAUCAUAAUAUAAUUUUUACCAAGCAAAUAUGUGUUUGUUUUCUUUUAACAUUUAUUUAUUGUACUAAUAUUCACACAUUUACCCAAAAAAAUACAUUGAUAUGACAAUAAAGAAUAACGACAUGGUAAAAACAACCUUAAUGACUCUUUUUUUUUUACAAUAAUGGAACUCAUAAAGCGCACCCCAACCUCUAUGUAUUUAAAAAAAACUUGUGGUUUUGAACCCCAAUAAUGUCAAAAUGCAACCAAUAAGCAAUAGUGCUUUUAGGAGUAUCAAAGAAAAGAGUCCCACAAGAAGCGAGUGCCCCAAAGAGGCAAGAUAGUCAACAACAAAGUUGGCCUCUUGAUACACAUGCUCAAUCCUUACUGUGUAAGGCCUAGCCAACCAUCGUAUAAUCUCGGCAGUACAAGCAUAAUGAGAACGUGAUGUGUGGCUAUUUUAAUGAGAGUCAUAGCCGUCAGCAAAUCUAUUUGAAAAUAACCUUCCUAGCUCUCAGUUCAACCCUCAUGUCGUUUAAAAGUUCAUAAGAUAAUGGUCAGACCAAUAAUAAAAGGCAAAAUACACUUUUAUAGCCAUAACUAUUCGCGUUGUGACAAAUAUAGCCAGAUUUGAAAAAAUACACUCAUAUAGCCAUUCCGUCCAAAACUUUAACAACAAUCUCACAACUGCUGACUGGACUAACGGAUGUUUGCACCGUGGCGUAGGUUCAUCUACGUGGCAAUACAGGGGAAAGAGUUUCUAAUUCAAUUACUUAAAAAAGGUUAAAUAACUAACUUUACCAAUCCCUCUACCCUGUUGACCAUUUCGUUCCAAUUUUAAUCUUUCUCUUCUCUCCUUCUUCGACUCUCCAAUCAAUCAGAAGCAUCAUCGCCAUUCAUCAAUUACCUCCCUUCCUCCACUUUGGAGUUCACAAGCUCAGAAACCCAAAGGUUUCUACGCUGUUUGAAGUGGGUUGAAUUGGCACCGGAGUUGGGUUUAUUGGUGAUGUGUUCUGUGGGAAAUCGUCUUCGCGUUCAAUCGUCUGCUGCCUCCAAUCGUCGAUAGAUCCCCAAUCCCUAGCCGUCAAUCGUCUUCGCGUUCAACCGGGUCCUUCCAACAAAGCGGAAAGAUUUUCAAAAUCUGUGGCAAAUUAGAGGGCAAUAGAGCUCGAGGGGAGUCACGUCGGCGGUGGGGAAACUAAAGGAGAAUCGAUGUUGUCAAUAGACGAGAGCAUAACAGAGCUGGGGUUUCUUCACCUGUCGGCAGCGAAAGAGAAAGGGAGAAACGAAGGUCGCAGCUGCUAUAUGUCGCUCGGCUUGGAUGGAGAAGCGAUGUAGUCGAUUGGAGGUGGAAUCCUCUCUGGCCAAAUUGUUGAUCUCCGGCCAAAUCCUCACCUUUAUGGCGGUCACGGCAACCGCUCGUCCUCUUUCACCAUUGUUAUGCCCACUCCAAAGCAACUGGGUAGAAGUCCUUCCUUGCGUUCCUCCACCGACCACUGUUCAACACAUUUUUGUAGAUCUGACGCUGUCAAUUCAUCCUCCCCUGCCACAGGCGAAGUCGGACGAAGAAGAAGCCCCCACCGCAGCCGUUGCUGAAGAAGCCAAAAUAGAGGAAUCCCCCAGUUCAUCCACACACAUCGAUUCUAGGUUUAGGGUAUGGGUUUGAUUUGGCCAAUCAGUUUAUUGACUGGGGACGAGUUAGGUUGUGAGCAACGAAAUUGAUUUCGUCAAAUCAAGAAGAAGAAGAAGAAGAAGAAGAAGAAGAAGGGAGCUGAUGUGCAGGAUUUUUGUGGUCUCGAUUGGAUUUUGGAUCCGGAAGAAGAUGGCGGAGGUAAUUAGCGAGGAGAAAUUAAAGGGGAACUAUUUAAUUAUAUAAUAUUUUUUUAAUCUGUUGGUGGAAUCCAGGUCAGCGGUGACGUGGGCAAAUCGAGUCUAGUUGGUGACGACAUGUCAUCAGGUGGAAGCCAUGUCACUUGGUGAUGACGCCGUCCGUGAUGACUUUAACGGCAGUAACGGAAAUGGCUAUAGUUGACAAUAAAGUUUUACAAAUUUUUAAUUUUUGGCUAUAUGAGUGUAUUUUUUCAAAUCUGGCUAUAUUUGUCACAACGCGAAUAGUUAUGGCUAUGAAAGUAUAUUUUGCCAUAAUAAAAUGACUACUCCUCCCUCGUUUUCUAAUAGUUAGUACUUAGUAGGAAUGACAAUCGAUCCCAUAAAUGUGGGUAUUCGAUCGCCCCCGAUCGAAUACUCGAGGAAUCCUCAUAUAGUCAUAUUGACUGGAUAUUGGGUGGGUAUGGGUAAACUCCGCAAAAGGUUUGAUGAGUAAGAGGCGGGUAUGGUUUUAGCCUCCUCCACUCAUACCCAUACCCGCCUCACCAAGAACAUUUCUUCACAUAUAAAAAAUACACGGGUCAAGAAAAUAAAUAGUAGAAUUGCAAUUGAGUGGCCCUCAUAAAUCAAAACCUAACUCAUUUCCUUCAAUUCUCCCUUCAUUCUUUCGCUUUUCCCUCUUGUUAACAAGAUUAUUAUAUUAGUUGUUUAUUACUUACUAGACGUAGAGAGUUAGAAACUAAUGAUUUGAAAAAUAUUGUACUCUAUCUUAUUGAAUAAAUUUAUGUUUAGGAUCAUAUGAUUUGAAUCGUAUCAAGAAUGAUUGUGUUUUUGUUGACUUCAUAAUAUAAUAUAGUAGGUAUGUUUAGUGUUAUAAUUGAAAAUUUACAAGUAAUUUUUUUUAAGGUAAAUACAAUAUAUUAGCCAUAACUAUUAAGUAGCGGGGAAUUAUAGCCACAACUAUCGAAAUACAAAUUAUUAGCCAUAACUAUUGUUGCGGGUCAAGAUUUGGCUAACAGCCGUUACUGUUUUCAAAAUUUUAACAAAGAAGGCCAUGUCAACAUUAGUAAAAAAAUAUUAUAUCAUGACUGCCAUGUGGGAGCCAGCUCAACAUCGUAAAAGUUUAGUCAUCAUUACUAACAAAAGUGUUAACAAAAACUUAGCAAUUGACUAAUAAUUUGUAUUUCGAUAGUUGUGGUUGUGGUUAGGGGUGGGCAAUGGGCGGGUUGGGUGGAUUUUGGUCUAAAAUUGACCCACCCGCUUACUAGCGGGUUGGAGUAUAUGUGACCCGCAAUCCACCCACAUACUUAUGCGGGUUGGGUUGGGUGGGUGGCGGAUGGGUGCGAUUGGGUCGCGGGUUAACCCGCAAAAGCAAUUCUCCAACUAGCCAUUAAGAAAAUUGACUAACAUUU